AUGCGCGUGCGGCUGCGGUGGGCAUGGCGCGCUGUCGCGCUGGCCGCGAGCGUGGUAGCGCUCGGCGCGCGCGCGCAUAGCGCGCAUGACCUCGCACACCAGGACCUACGUAUUCCAUACACUCGCUUACCGGCGGACCCGUCACACCUCUUGGAUCUCGAGCUGUCAAAUGUCGUGCUCGCUACGUCUGUCGACGGCGGGCUCAGCGGCAUCGACCGCACGACGGGCGCCGCGCUGUGGAACCUGCAGGCAAAUACGAGUGACCUGCUGCACCCGCUCGUUGCGUCGUCGUACGGCGCGCGGCAGCGGUCCCUCGAAGACCUCGCGGCCGAAGCGCUGGCCGGCGACGACCCCGCGGCGCUGCACGCGCUGCAGGGCAGCGGCAUUUAUAUCGUUGAGCCCUCGUCGGGUGGCGAUUUGUAUGUCUUGCGCAUGCGCUCUGAGCACGGCGAAAUGCGGCCGCAGCUCGAAAAAAUGCCGUUUUCUCUCCCUGAGCUCGUCGCCAUGAGCCCAUUCUCGCUGAGCAGCGACGACACGCGCAUAUUUGUCGCAGAAAAGCACACACGCCUUGUCGAGCUCAACGUAUUUACCGGCACGAUCGGAACCGUGUUUGACGCAAAGGACGCACACGCCUACGACCGCCCGGGGCCGCUCGCGUUUGCACACGCGCGCCAGGGCGAGCGCAGCGCCGAGUUUGACGCGAUCGAGUCGCCGUGGGUGUACAUCGGGCGAACGGACUACACGCUCGCGGUGCACGUACGCAAUGUGCCGGAUGCGCUCCAGACCUUGCACUACUCGGUCUACGCUCCCAACUCUGCCGACAAAGACAUGGCCGAGCUCUGGGCACAACACGCGGGACAGCUCGACAAGCGGGGCAUGCUCGCUGCGCCCGAGGACAACUCGCUGGUGUGUUUUGACCUGCGUGACGUGAAAAAGCCGGGCCGUCACGCUGUGCCUCCCAUGCCCCCAGUCCUAUGGAAGCGCACGCUGAAUGCGACGGUCGUCGACAUCUUUGACGUGAUCUUUGUGCCGCCGACAGCGGCGCUCGACACGCCGCUCCUGCAGCCCGUGAUUGUGCCGCAUCCGCCGGGGAUCCUCGCACAGAUCGUCGAACAGCAGCGGCCGGACGUUGCGGCACUCGCCCCGUCGGCGUACGUCGGCGUGUCGCCGGACGGCAGCCUGUAUGCCCUGGGGCGCACACGCUAUCCUCUGGUCGAGCUCACCACGCCCGCGGCCGUCACCAAAGGCACGCUACGUGGUGCCGAUACCAAGCUCCAGCCGUGGGUCGGCGGCUACGAGGUGCCGAACCUCCCUGACCCGAACCGCGUACCGCUGCUGGACCCUGGUUUCCGAGAGUACGUGCCGCUGCUCGGCGCGCCGCCUGCCGAGGCCGACAAGGGCUGGCUCGAUGCGCCGGGGCUGCUGCUGAUGCGCGUGCUCGGCGCGGCGCUGCUUCUCUUUGUCAUUGUGCGGGGCAUCAUCGAGAUCCGCAAGGACCGCACGCCUUUGAUCCUCAACACGGACACACUGCGCUUUGACGAGGAGGAAAAAGCCAAGGCAAAGAAGGAGCGCGAGGAAAGGGCCAAGGAAAAAGAGCGCGACGAAAAAGAGCUCGCUGCGAAGCAGGCACAGGACGGCGCAGAGGCAGGCGACACAACGGCGAAAGAGCCCGUGCCUCCCCAGCCCGGCGCCGAGGCGGCGGGCGAGACGAGUGCCAAGGCCGACGAGCCGUCGCCCGAGGCCGAGUCGGACGACGAGGCGCAGCCUGCGCCGUCGGACGACGACCCCAAGCGCCGCCGGCGCCGCCGCGGCAAGCGCGCCGGUGCGGCGGUGCUUGCGCGGCAGUCGCCCGGCCCCCGCCGCCCCGACUCGAGCAGCCAGGAGCCGCACCCCGGUCCGCUCACGACGCCGGGUGGCGCCGAGAUUCCUCCUUCGUCGCUCCAGAUCUCGGACGAUGUCCUUGGCUACGGCUCGAGCGGUACGGUAGUCUUCCGCGGCACGUUCCAGGGCCGCGCCGUGGCUGUCAAGCGUCUCCUGCGCGAUUUUGUGCAGAUGGCGUCGAAAGAAGUGUCGCUCCUGCAGUCGGCGGACAACCACCCCAACGUGAUCCGCUACUUUUGCCAGGAGCUGACACCCAACUUUCUGUACAUUGCUCUCGAGCAGUGCCCUGCGAGCCUUGCGGACCUCGUCGAGCGCCCCCUCGAGUUUUCCGCGCACGCGCCGCUGCUGGAGCCGCGCAAUGCGUUUAAGCAGAUCACAGCUGGCCUGCAGCAUCUGCAUUCUCUUUCGAUUGUGCACCGCGACAUUAAACCGCAAAAUAUCCUCGUGACGCUCACCGGGCAGAACAAGCUCCGGAUGCUCCUGUCCGACUUUGGUCUUUCGAAGCGCAUGGACGGCGUGGCGCAGAGCAGCUUUUCGCAGUCGGUCAACCAGCCCGGCGGCACGGUGGGUUGGCGCGCGCCCGAGGUCCUCCAAGGCCACCGCGCCGCGCUUGCGGCCGAGUCGGACGAGAGCGCGCGACUGACGCGCGCCGUCGACAUCUUUUCGCUGGGCUGUGUCGCAUUCUACAUGCUCACGGGUGGCGCACAUCCGUUCGGGACGCAGUACGAGCGCGAGAUGCAUAUCUUGCAGCAGCACUUUGACCUUUCCGCGCUGGAGGCGACGUGCGACGACACGAUCGAGGCCCAAGCGCUCAUCCAAAACAUGAUUGCGCGCGAUGCCGCGCAGCGGCCGUCCGCCGAGCGUGUCGCGCAGCACCCCUUCUUUUGGAAUGCACAGCGCCGCCUGAGCUUUUUGCAAGAUGUGAGCGACCGCUUCGAGACGCUCGAGCGCGAGCCGCCUGCCGCCGCGCUCCUCCUCCUCGAGAAGGACGCGGCGGCAGUGAUCGGUGCCGACUGGCGCAAGCGUUUCGACCGUGCGUUCCUGGACGACGUCGGCCGCUUCCGCAAGUACGACGCGGCGAGCGUCCAGGACCUACUGCGUGUCAUACGCAACAAGAAACACCACUUCCAAGAUAUGCAGCCUCAGCUGAAGAAGCAGCUGAGCCCUAUGCCGGAAGGUUUUUUGCAGUUCUUUGCGCGCCGUUUCCCCCAGCUAUUCUUGCAUGUAUACCAGGUGAUGGACCAGCUCCCGAUGCUCCGCAGCGAGCCCAUGUUCCACAGCUACUAUCAGCACGAUGAGCCAUAG